AUGAUUUUGUCUGCUGGGGAGCUGCUGUCAGCGUGCCACGAGCUCCGCUGCAGAUACGGCUGCAUCAUGACGAGAAACGGCACCUUCUGCUUCUGCGCUGAUGGCUUUGAGGUCGGCGACGAUGGCACGAGCUGUCGAGAUCAUGAUGAAUGUGCCAUGUACGGCGCAUGCAGCCAGACCUGUUCCAACACCUAUGGGUCGUACCGCUGCAGCUGCGCCGAAGGAUACGCUCUCCAGCCUGACGGGAGAUCAUGCCGAGCCAAGCAAGAUCCUGGAGACAGCAGACCAGUGCUCUUACUAGGGGGCCCCAGUCGGAUUGUCCAGACCAGCCUGAACGGCACCGGCCUGCAGCCCCUCCGGUCCCUGGCUGCCAAUGGCUCCGUGUGGCUGGACUUUCAGCAGAGCCAGGAGACCGUCUGCUGGCUCCUGUCCACUGAGAGCUCUGGGGCCCUGCGUUGUGCGGAGACCAGGAACCUGCGCGGAUUCACCCGAGAGCGUGAGAUCAGGACCCAGAGGAGCUUACAGAAUGUGGAACAAAUGGCCAUCGACUGGUUGACUGGAAACUUUUACUUUGCCGACCGAGUGAAUGAUAAAAUAUUUGUCUGCGAUCGGAGAGGAGAGACCUGUGUGACCAUCGUACAGCUGGACCUGUACAAUCCAAAAGGGAUUGCAGUGGACCCUCUCAUGGGGAUGCUCUUCUUCACCGACUAUGGGAACGUGGCCAAGCUGGAGCGCUGCAACAUGGACGGCUCAAACCGCACUCGCCUGGUGGACCACAGAAUAGAGCAGCCCACCGCCCUGACCCUGGACCUGCUCAAGAAACUGGUGUACUGGGCCGAUGCCUACCUGGACUACAUCGAGGUGGUGGAUUACAAUGGCAAGAACAGACACUCUAUCAUCCAAGGGAGUCAAGUCUCCUACAUCAGUGCACUGUCUUUGUUUGAGGAUUUCCUAUACGCCACUCACUCGGACCCCUCCAGCGCCUCUCCCACCGUGGAGCUGCUGCAGAUCCAUCGCUUUAACAUCACAGCGGCCCCUCGCACCCUCACCAGUCUGGGCAACUCUCCGGCUCUGUGCGUCUACCACAAACUCACACAGCCAAAAGUCAGGACUCAUUCAUGUGCAGUGGAUUCUUAUGGACGAGCGGGCGGCUGCUCCCAUCUCUGCCUCCUCACCGGAAGCUACAAGUCUCGGAGCUGUCGCUGUCGAACGGGAUACAUCCUGGGAUCAGACGGACAGUCCUGUAAAAGUUAG